GCGGCAGUGCUCCAUCGACAGACCGACACGCCGCUGGCGCCCGUCAUCCGCGCUCUGCUUGUGGACAAUUGCGACCCGGCAAACGUCGACGCGGCCGAGCUGCUCGACGCCCUCGACCUGGGCGGCUCGCGGCAUGACUGGGCGUCUCGCCGCGCCAGCGCCGCCGCGCGCCGUGUUCCCGCGAGCCUCGACCUCGCUCAGUGCGCGGCGCUGCGCAACGCGGUGGACGCAGCCUCGAUGGAGACGCUCGACUCAGUCGACGGCCUACUCGAGUACCAACUCACGCUCACCAGCGCCGACUUCGAAGAGCUUGUCGGCGUGGACGCCUUUGCGCGGCUCAACUUUCUCGCCGCCGAGGCGCAUGCCGAGACACGUCCGGGGCGGUUCCAAGACAGCUCCGAGACACUUCCGAGACGCUUCCGAGACAGCUCCGAGAACUCAGCCUCUUGGGCUUUGAAGAGGCGCAUGCCGAGCUUCAGUCGCCGCUGCGCCCCGCCGCCGCCGCCGCCGCCGCGAGCGCGGCAGGCAUCGCCGCCUCGCCGCACCCGCUCACCGAGGAGCCGCACGAGAUCUUCGUCCGGCGGUACAGCGCCGCCACGCGGCCGUGGGUCGGCUUCCACUUCGACCGCUCCUCCCUCACGAUGAACGUCGCGCUGUCCGACGACCAGGGCCUCGAGGGAGGCGCACUGCUCGCCAUCGUGGGCGGCGAGGUUGUGCGGUGUGACCGCGCCGAGGGCACGGCGACGCUGCACGCUUCGACGCUGCUCCACGCUGUCACUCGCGUGCAGGGAUCGGCGGCGCGCUACUCGCUCAUCCUCUUCUACCGACAGAUCUGCCCCGCCGCCGCGCACCGGCUCGUCGAGUGCAGCGUCGCAACCAUGGACCUGCUCUACCCGCCCGAGGAGGGCUCCUACUCGUGCGACGCUUGCGGCGACUCGAGGCUGCACAGGGUGCGCCGCAGCGAGCCGGGUGGCGCCUCCUCACGCUGUGAACACAGGCGCGAGCUCGAGGAGCAGGGGUGCCGCUCGAUGUGGCACUGCGCCGCCGGGUGCGAGUACGAUUUGUGCGGCGUGUGCCACGACGUGGGCCUCGCGGAUGGAGUGGAGUACGUGAGUGUCCGCUAGCGCGCGCGUGCGUGUGGGAGGAGGGGUUACUAGGCAUCGAUAUAUCGUAAUGAAAA